AUGCUGGGUAUAUUUACUAGUGGACAGACGGAGUUGAGCUCUCUACUCUGGGCUGUUCUAGGGAUAAGCGUGUGGGUGUACAUUUGCAUGUGCCUUUACAAUUUGUACCUGCACCCGUUGAGGCACUUUCCCGGCCCCAAGUUGGCGGUUUUGGGAAGGUUCCAUGAAUUCUGGUUCGACGUCAUUCAAGACGGCCAAUUUCUCUGGGAAAUCGGAAAGAUGCACGACAGAUACGUUCGCAUCAACGCAAACGAACUGCACAUACGCGACUACAACUAUUACAACAAUAUCUACGCUGGGGGCGGCCGAAUCGUCAACAAAGAUGUUUCGGCGGUUGGCCCCAUGGCUGCUGUGCCGUCUUCGCUUUUGGCAACUGCCGAUCACCACCAACAUCGCGCGCGACGAAAUUACCUGAGCCCCUUCUUCUCCAAGCGUGCCAUUGUCGCCAUGGAGCCACUGAUCUGGGAGCGUGUUGCCAAACUCUGUCAACGGCUCGAAUCUGCCUUGGAAACUGGAACGACGGUGCCCCUCGACUCGGCUUUUUCGUCACUAACUGCAGACAUUAUCACGCAGCGUUUCUACGGAGAGCAUUUCAACUACCUUGAUAUUCCAGACUACAGGAAUGCAGUCACUGAAGCUAUACUAGGUGUUGUACACAUUUCCAAUCUCAUUCGAUUCGUCCCCUGGCUGUUACCCAUGUUGCAAAUGACGCCAAUAUGGGUCAUUCGCAUGAUAUUACCGCCUUUUGCGGAUUUUCUUGUCAUGCGGGAAGAGAUGAAGCGUAAAAUUCUUGCAUCCUCCGGGACAGAAGAUGGCUCGAAGUCAAGCUCGGUCAUCAUGUCGGCCCUUAUGGAUACCAAGAUCCCGGCUGCGGAGAGGGAGAUUGAUCGUUUAUUGGACGAGGGAAGCGUCAUCGUAUUCGCCGGUACAGAAACUACUUCGAGAGCCCUCAGCGUCGGCAUGUUCUAUCUUCUAGACGAUGAAACACAUGUGGACAAGAUACGCAAAGAAUUGAGCUCCGUGGUCUUUACUCCAGGCCGUGGGUACUCCUCGUCAGAUCUCGAGCUACUUCCAUACUUGAGCGGUGUUGUCCACGAGAGUUUGCGCCUGUCAUUUGGCCUUGUCGCCUGCCUUCCCCGCGUUGCAGUCCAUGAAUCGCUGCAGUACAACGGGUUUACAAUUCCACCAGGCACCCCCGUUAGUCAGUCGGCAUACUUUGUACAUACCGAUCCCACAAUCUACCCCAACCCGCACUCCUUCAAUCCCGAUCGAUGGAUACAAGCAGCCAAAGACGGCUUCCCACUCGGCAAAUAUCUUGUCAACUUUACAAAAGGCAGCAGGCAGUGCAUUGGCCUUCAGAUGGCGUAUACAGAGAUCUAUUUAACAAUCGCAACGCUUGUUAGCACCUUUGACAUGGAGCUCCACGACACGACAAUAGACCAUGUCCGCAUUCACCACAUUCGUACCGUCGGUUAUCCAAGGAAGUGUAAGAAUAUGGAGAAUCCAAGGGGGGAGAUUACUGUCAAGAUCAAGCGUAAGAGAAUAUCCGAAGGUUAUGGAUAA